AUGUCUCUCAACGACAAGGACGUUACUCUCGGCGGCAACAAGGGCGUCGACCUCCACCCCGGCGUCGCCAACCCCACUGCCUCGUCCACACAUGCCGACCCGCUCGCGGCCAACUUUGUACGUCCCCCCUGGCUGCAAGCACUUGCGCCAGGCAUAUACUCACAGUUACCCCUCCCGGGCGCACAGGUGACAGACCCCACGACCGGCGCGCUCGGCGCGGGUGCAGGCGGCGACUUCGCGGGCCACCGCGAGGCGCGACGCAACUUCAGCAAAACGGCCGGCGUCGUCGAGGGCCGCCCCGGCAUCAUCGAGACAACCGACAUCGACCCGCUGAACGAGAACUCCAACAAAGAUGACGGCUGGGCGAACGCGACUGACGCCCCGUCGAGUCGCUCGACCGUGUCCGGCGCUGCGAACACUGCUUCGUCGUAUGCCGCGAGCGCGGCCUCCGUCGCCGCGGGUGCGGCGAAGGUGGCGUAUGGCCAUGUCGUGGGCGACGAGGCGACGAAGGAGGCGGGCAAGGAGGCUGUCUGGGGAAAGCAGUAA